CUUUUCUAUCAGUGGAUAGCAUCAGUUUUUCCAAUUCAAGGCACCAUGAGGACGCUCCUGUGGUUUGUGUGUCUGUACAUUUUCUGUCUGUAUGUUUGUCAGAACAGUGGGGUGAAUGGGCAGGAGGACUUCAUGCUUCUUGCAGGGCCUCUUACAAACCAGGUGGUCAAAGGCUCAGAUAGUGAAGUGAAUAAUGCCUUUGACUGCAGUCAUCCCAUACCUCCUAGUUCUAAGCAGUACUUUGAGUACCUCCAGAGCCGAGGGGUGACUCACUUCAAGGUACCGCUGUCAUGGACUCAGCUCCUUCCUUCAGGCCUCCCCAGCCAGCCCCAACAGGCUGUGGUUAACUGCUACCAGACCCUGAUGAAGCAACUGCACCAGGUGGGACUUGAGCCUCUGGUCAUCCUUCAUGGAUCCACUGUACCAGACUCUCUGAGAUCAAGGUAUGGAGGCUGGGAGAGCAAGAAGCUGGUACAGAUGUUUCAGCAGUAUGCAGAGUUUGCCUUUCAGGAGUUUGCAGCAUUGGCACACUCGUGGGUGACAGUGAAUCACUUGGAAGAUGUUUGGCAUGAUGUGGCUGCAGGUGCUCCCGGUUCUCCACAAAAUAUCCUCCAUCUCACCAAGAACAUUCACCACCUCUAUCAUCAACGAUUUCCAGACAAAGGAAGACGCCUGUCAGUUGGGUUGAGAGCUAAAGAUGUGGGUUCUGUCUCCCAGGUUAAAGAUUCAAUAACAAUGGACUACUUGUCAGUGCAGAUUGAAUAUAACUGUACUUCCUCGUCAAACUUUGCAAAGGAGCUGAAGAACUUGCAGGUUUCCAUUGGGAACUUGCCCAUCUUGAUAUUCAAGAUAAAUGUCCAUGAUUGCUCUGACAGUCAAUACCAGCUUCUUGGAGAUUUCCUAAGUGUCCUGAAGAACAAUGGCCUGAAUAUUUUGGGAUGUGACAUGGAGGACAUGUUGGGAAAGCUGGAGAUGCAGAAUCUUCCCAUCAGCCAAGAUAUUCCAGAUUUUGCCAAGAUGACAGAAUUUGAAAACAUUUAUCAGAAUGUUUGGCAUACGUUUGAGGCUCAGACCGCAACCGAACGAGAUGGUUUCCUGAAGGAAUCCUUCCCCCCUGGUUUCCAGUGGGCCACCUCCACGGAGUCUUUCAAGGUUGAAGGAGGCUGGUUGGAAGGUGGGAAGGGAGAAACCAUUUGGGACCGUUUUGGUCAUGAACAUCAAGCCUUUGAAAAUCAGACAGUUGAUUUAGCAUGUGACAGUUAUAACAAGGUGGACUACGAUGUCUACAUCCUGCGAGGUCUUCAAGUCAACACCUACCAGUUCUCCAUCUCCUGGGCCCGUAUUUUCCCCUCAGGCCACCGAGGAAGCCUAUCAGAGAAAGGGGCUCUCUAUUAUGACAAGCUGAUCGAUGCUCUCAUUGAAUCUGGCAUACAACCUGUUGUCACUCUCUAUCAUUGGGAUCUGCCCCAGGCACUCCAAGAUGCUGGUGGAUGGACCAACCCAUCCAUUGUUGAAGCUUUCAAGGACUAUGCAGACUUCUGUUUCUCCAGGUUUGGAGACAGGGUCAAGACCUGGAACACAUUCAGCAGUCCCUGGGUGGUGAGCCAUGCUGGGUAUGGCACUGGUGAGCAUGCUCCUGGAAUAAAGGAUUAUGUGAUUUCUUCCUAUCAGGUCACCCACAAUAUGCUCAAGUCCCAUGCUGAAGCCUGGCAUGUCUACAAUGACAACUACAGGAAAACACAAGGAGGGAAAGUGGGCAUUGCACUGAACUCUGACUGGGCUGAACCCAAAAACCCCGCUAUACCUGAAGACGUAGCAGCUGCAGAUCGCUACCUGCAGUUCAUGCUGGGCUGGUUUGCACACCCUAUAUUUGUAGAUGGAGAUUAUCCUGCAGAACUCAAAACUCAAAUUGAACUGAAAAGAAAUAAGUGUCCCAGCUCUGAGCCUGCAAGACUUCCAGUUUUUACUCCCUCAGAGAGCAAGAGGAUACUUGGAACUGCUGACUUUUUUGGUCUGAACCACUAUACUUCCCGGUUGGUCAGUAACAUUGAUGGUGGCUGCACUCCUGGUCCUCAGGGAGUGGGUGACUUCCAGGAAAGUGUGGACCCUUCAUGGCCUUCCACAGCUUCUGACUGGAUCUUUUCUGCACCUUCGGGACUGAGAAUGCUUCUGAACUACAUUUCCAAGCAGUACUUGAAUGUUGUCAAUGUGCCCAUCUACAUAACUGGGAAUGGGAUGCCAACAGAGUACAGUGGGGACACUUUCAAUGACACCAGCAGAAUCGAGUACAUGAGGGGUUACAUCAAUGAGGCCUUGAAAGCAAUACUCACUGAUGGAGUGAAUGUGCAGCGGUUCACAGUGCAGUCACUCAUGGAUGGAUUUGAAGGAAAACAAGGCUACAGUGAAAGAUUUGGUCUUCACUAUGUUGACUUUGAAAGUCCUGACAGACCGAGAACCCCAAAGCAGUCUGCAUAUUUCUAUUCACAAAUUAUUGAGCAAAACGGUUUUGCUUUGAGCAAAGGUGAUGUUUAUGAAGGGGUGAAGAUGCAACUCCCUCACUGUGAACCAGCUUUACCACCAUCAGAGGUUCCAUCUAAAUCAAAGGUCGUCUGGGAGAAAUUCUCACACCAGUCAAAAUUCCAGAGAAAACUGUACCACUUUGGCACAUUCCCACAAGACUUCAGUUGGGGAGUUUCAUCUUCAGCUUACCAGAUUGAAGGAGGCUGGGAUGCUGAUGGAAAGGGGCCCAGUAUCUGGGAUGUGUACACUCACACACCUGGCACUAUGCCUGCUGAUGCAACUGGAGAUGUAGCCUGUGACAGUUACAACAGACUUGAUGAAGACCUCUAUAUGCUGAGAGCUCUGAGGGUGAAGUCAUAUAGAUUCUCUUUGUCCUGGUCCAGGAUCUUUCCUGAUGGUACUCGUUCGUCCCUGAACCAGAAAGGUGUUGACUAUUACAAUAGACUCAUUAACGGCCUGUUGGCAAAUAAAAUCACUCCCAUGAUGACAAUUUACCAUUGGGACCUCCCUCAAGCUUUGCAAGACCGCGGUGGCUGGGAGAAUGUAGACAUGAUUGACAUUUUCAAUGACUAUUGUGACUUCUGCUUUGCCACCUUUGGUGACAGAGUGAAACUGUGGAUGACCAUCAACCAGCCUCACUCAAUUGCAUGGCUAGGAUAUGGGCUUGGAACGAUCCCACCAAGCAUUAAGAAUCCAGGAAUUGCACCAUACAUAGUUGCACACAACCUGAUCAAAGCUCACGCCAAGGCUUACCAUACAUAUGAUGACAAGUAUCGCACAUCCCAAGGAGGUUUAGUAUCCAUUGCUCUCAAUGCAGAUUGGAUUGAACCUAAAGAUGUCAAUGUUCUUCGUGAAGUGAGGGCUGCUGACCGUGCAUUGCAGUUCCAACUGGGUUGGUUUGCACAUCCCAUUUUCAAGAAUGGUGAUUAUCCUGAUGCAAUGAAGUGGCAAGUUGGAAACAAAAGUGAACUCCAAGAUCUCUCAGAGUCAAGACUACCUUUCUUCACUGAAGAGGAAAAGAACUACAUCAAGGGAACUGCUGACAUGUUUUGUAUAAAUCAUUACACUACAAAGAUAGCAAGUCAUGUUACAGGUCAGCUUUCACCUUAUUCAUAUGAACAAGACAGGGACUUGUCAGAAACAGAGGAAAGUGAUUCACCAACUACAGACAUCAAAAACCAGAGAGCUGUGGCAUGGGGUUUGAGAAGACUCCUCAACUGGAUCAAGGAGGAGUAUGGAAAUCCACAGAUUUACAUUGCUGAGAAUGGAGUGGCUACAAAAUCAAGCACAAUGUGGGAUGAUAGUACCAGAGUAUUUUAUUACAAGACCUACAUUGAUGAGGCUCUAAAAGCCUACGAACUUGAUGGAGUGAGGGUAAAUGGGUAUAUAGCGACAUCGCUCAUGGAUUCGUUUGAAUGGCUGAAUGGGUACAAAGUUGGAUUUGGACUGCACCAUGUUGAUUUCAGUAACACAAACCGGCCAAGAACUCCAAAGUAUUCAGCUCAUUUCUACUACUAUGUCAUAAAGGAUAAUGGUUUCCCCAGACCAGAUGAUGAGAAGAUGCUUUAUGGACAUUUCCGAAAAGAUUUCCUUUGGAGCACUGCAACGGCAUCAUACCAGAUUGAAGGGGGCUGGAGAUCAGAUGGAAAAGGUCUCAGUAUUUGGGACAAAUUUGCUCACACACCUCUCAGAGUUUCUGAUGAUGACAAUGGGGAUAUAGCCUGUGACAGCUACAAUAAAGUAGAAGAGGAUGUUGCUAUGUUACAGCAACUUAAAGUGACCCAUUAUCGUUUCUCCAUUUCGUGGCCGAGAGUGCUUCCUGAUGGCACCACCAAUUAUAUUAAUGAGGCUGGACUCAACUACUAUCACAGACUAGUGGAUGCACUGCUUGCUGCAAAUAUUCAGCCUCAUAUUACUCUGUACCACUGGGAUCUUCCACAAGCCCUGCAGAAUGUUGGGGGAUGGGAGAAUGAAACUAUUAUUGUCAAAUUCAAGGAUUACGCUGAUCUCAUCUUUAGUCGUCUUGGCCACAAAGUGAAAUUUUGGAUCACCAUUAAUGAGCCAUACAACAUAGCCAAUGUAGGCCAUGGCUAUGGAGUAGCUGCCCCAGGAAUCAGUUUUCGACCAGGCACUCUGCCCUACAUUGUUGGUCACAACCUGCUUAAAGCUCAUGCUGAGGCCUGGCACCUCUACAAUGAAAAGUACCGGGCCACACAGAAAGGAAUUAUCUCUAUCACCAUCAACUCUGACUGGUCAGAACCCAGGAAUCCCUAUAAGCAGGAAGACAUUGAUGCUGCAAGACGUGUGGUGCAGUUCUACAUUGGCUGGUUUGCCCAUCCCAUAUUUAAUGGUGACUACAGCGACACAAUGAAGACAAUCAUUCGUGAGCGAAGCCUAGCUGCUGGUCUGCCAAAAUCUCGGCUGCCUGAGUUUACCCCAGAGGAAAUUAGGAGAAUUAAAGGCACCUAUGAUUAUUUUGGGUUCAACCAUUACACCACUGUCCUUGCUUUCCCUGUGGAAUAUGGAAACCUUCAGCACUAUGAUGCUGACAGAGGUGCAGGGACAAUUGCUGAUCGUACCUACCUGGAUUCAGGUUCAGCCUGGCUGAAAAUCUCACCCUUUGGAUUCCGCAAAAUUCUGAACUUCAUUAAGGAGGAGUACGGAAAUCCACCGAUUAUCAUCACUGAGAAUGGCAUCUCAGAGCGAGGGCCUGUUGACCUGAAUGACACUCACAGGAGCUACUACUAUGAAAAAUACAUCAAUCAAGUGUUGAAAGCUUACUUGCUAGAUGGCGUUGAUGUCCGAGGCUACACAGCUUGGUCACUGAUGGACAACCUGGAGUGGGCUACUGGCUUUUCUGAGAGAUUUGGUCUUUUCUACGUCAAUCAGUCAGACCCAAAACUUCCUCGAGUGGCAAAGAACUCUGUAAAACUUUACUCCACUAUCAUAAGCUGCAAUGGAUUCCCUGACCCUGCUUUAGGACCCAAUGACUGCUUGCCUGAAGAACCAACUCAACCGGGCACUGACAAGCCUGUGAAGUUCCUGGGAAUGAAGCUCUCUGUCAGUGAUGCUGAGACUGGACUUAACACCACGUUUGCUCUACUUAUUGUUGCAUUGUUUGGAAUCCUUUGUUCAUUUUCAUUUUGCUUAUUUAGGAGGAAAACAAAGUCCAAGAAAAAUGUUGAUGUUGUAACCGUUAACAGCAUCAAAACAGACAUGUAGUGGAAGUCUUCAGCAUGAAUACUUCAAAAGUUUAAAUCCUAAAUGAAAUAAUACAUUCAACAGAUGUAUUUGACUUUUCUUCUGACUAUUGCUGUGAGUUACUGUUGUUCUUGAAACUCAGUUUGGGAUUUAAACAAAAAAAACGCAAUAUGAUCCAUUCUAUUUGAUUCAUGACUGUUGUCAUAUUAUGCAAUUAGAACCGCUGUAAAUCCCACAAGAUCUGCUUGUUAUUAGUACUGCUUCUUCUUGAAAGUAAAAAAAAAUUAAGUCCAUUGUGGUUUAAAAAUACUAACUAUCUUUAAGGAUUCGACUGGCAUUAUCUGUAUUAUAUCGUGAAAAAAAUAAAUUGUUCCACGCAUGUUAUAUUGGAUUGGGAUAUUUGUUGUAUUAUUAAACAAUACUUGUAUUUUCUGUUAUAACAAGUUUCUCUGGGUGGGGAAUUGGUUCAUAUAAAGAUGGAUUUCAAUCUGUGGUCUCUUGAA